GUCUGUCUAUUUUAAUCAGGGCGUUUGACCAAAACCAAAAAUCUUGAAACUCGCUGCAUACAAUGCACAAGCAAAAUAACAAUUAUUAGAAGCUUAAUAAAAGGAUUGUAGUUUUUUGUCAUAAUUGCUUUCCACGAUUUUUAAUUUGGCAUAGAAAAAAAGAGUAGUCGUUUGAUUAAACUUAACACAACAAAAAAAACCUUGAUAUUCACAACCAAAUGUUGUGGCAUGUAGGGUUUGAUUGAUAAUGUUAAUUUAAUGAAAAUGGAAACUACACAAAGUAAAAGUUGGCAGCCAACGGGUCGCCUGUUUAUCCUUGUGUGUGUAAGUGUCAACCUUUCCUUGCCAAACAUGCCAGGUACAACGAGACAGGAAGCAUCAGACCAGGGCUGAUAGGUGGCUCCAAACCCAAGGUGGCGACCCCCACAGUGGUGCAGAAGAUCCUGCAGCUGAAACACAACAGUCCCACGAUGUUUGCCUGGGAGAUCCGGGACAGGCUGGUGCUGGAGCAAGUGUGUGACCCAAGCAACGUUCCCAGCAUCAGCUCAAUCAACAGGAUCAUCAGGAGGAAAGUUCAGGCGAAGCCUUGUGAAGAUGCAUCAUCUGUUUCCAUGGGGACAGACUGUCCCUCUGAGUCCAGGUUUUCAAUAGGAGGGAUUGUGGGACUCAGAAAAUUCAAUAAACAAAACGAAGGAGCGGACGAGUCCUGCGGUGGGCACCACACCCAGCUCUGUCUCUGGAGCAGGUCUGACCUCAGCUCGCCAUUUCGCCAUCAGCCGCCACCUGACCAUGAUUCAGAUCCGCUAGGUUAGUCUGCACUGAUCUGACGUGACGGCCGGCGGAUCUUUC